CACAAAUUCAAUCAAAUUCUGUUCAUUUUCUUGGGAAAAGAAGAGAAAAUGGAUACAACUUUUCAUUGGGAUGUGAAGAACAAAGUGAUAUCAAGAACAUCUUCAAUUGGUUGCUCUUCUCGCAGCAUUUACUAUUGUGGAACACCUGAAGGUGUCCCUUUCAAAUGGGAAACACAGCCAGGAACUCCCAAAGAUCCACCCCCUCAAGACAUGCUUCCGCCCCUCACCCCUCCCCCGGCGGUUCUCAGUCUCGGGUUACCGAAACCGUGCAUCGAACAACCGAAAACCCGACCUCGACCCCUGAUAAGGCUUCGGUUUUGGAGGAGAAGCAAGAAGAAUGGUAAGAGAGAUGCCCGAGCUAGAACUAUUGACUAUAGUAAUGAAGAUCGUUUUGGUAACCCUGAUAAGUUGGAGACGUUUUCGUUUCUUAGCUCUGAUUGUGAGUUCAUGACAUCGUCUCGGAAUUCUAUGUUGUCGUCGCCGUCGUUGUCUUUGUCUUCUUCUUCAUCACCAUCGUCAUUCUUCGAGUCGUUAACUGUACGUCGACGUCUGAGUUGUAAUGCUUGGCAAAUUAACCGGAUUCUAGCUUAUCGUUUUGGUCACCUUGAUAAGUUGGAGACGUUUUCAUUUCUUAGCUCUGAUUGUGAGUUCAUGACAUCGUCUCGGAAUUCUAUGUCGUCAUCGCCGUCGUUGUCUUUGUCUUCUUCUUCAUCAUCAUCGUCGUUCUUCGAGUCGUUAACUUUGGAAACGUUUUCGUUUCUUAGCUCUGAUUGUGAGUUCAUGGCGUCGUCUCGGGAUUCUAUGUCGUCGUCGUCGUCGUCGUUGUCUUUGUCUUCUUCUUCAUCACCAUCUUCGUUCCUUGAGUCGUUAACUGAAACAUUUAGAAUAUCAAUCAAUAAACGAGAGGUGCCCGAACAAGAACUAUUGACUAUAGUAAUGAAGAUCGUUUUGGUCACCAUGAUAAGUUGCUCUGAUUGUGAGUUCAUGGCGUCGUCUCGGGAUUCUAUGUCGUCGUCGUCGUCGUCGUUGUCUUUGUCUUCUUCUUCAUCACCAUCUUCAUUCCUUGAGUCGUUAACUGUACGACGACGUCUGAGUUGUAAUGCUUGGUAA